AUGUUAGCUUGGCCAGCAAGGUUGGCACUGCUGGCCCUGGUGCAGGUCGCUGAAAGUUCUCAGGAAACCUUCCGUGUUGCCAGUGCCAGGUCUAGUCACGUCGGAGAUGCAACGUCCAGACGAUUCAAUGGGAAGGAUGCCUUUGCGCGCUCCAAAAGUAUUGCAAUUAUCCCGCAACCCAAGAACAUGGAAGUCCUUGGGGGUGAUGAUCUCGUUUUUCAUUCUGGUGCCUUGCGCCUUUCAGUGCCCAGCACGGUGGAAUCGGAUGCUUUCUAUGAGCACGUGAUUGGGAAGACUAACUUGAAAGUCGAUGCACAAGUGGAUCUGCCGCAGAUCAUUUUGGAAGUCCAGAGGGGCCCGCAAAACCCGCAGCCUGAGAAAUACACCUUCUUGGUGUCCUCCAAGAAGAACGAAGUGCGAAUUACUGGCAGUACGAGUCACGGUCUCUUCAAUGGCCUGAUGACUCUGCGGCAGCUUUUCGUUCAAGGUGAUGCUGGAGAGUGGAGGCUCCCUCAGGUCAAAAUCAGAGACGAGCCACAACAUGAAUGGCGUGGGUUGAUGCUGGAUGUGAGCCGGCACUUUUUCAAUGCCAGCGAGGUGAAACAUUUACUGCGCACCAUGGCUUCCUUUAAGAUGAACCGCUUUCACUGGCACUUGUCUGACGACCAGGGCUGGCGCAUUCCGAGCCAAAAAUAUCCAAAACUCACAGAGGUUGGAGCUUGGAGGGAAGGCACCCAGAUCGGACACAACAGGUCGAUCCAUGACCACGUGCGUUAUGGAGGCUCUUAUACUGCGGACGAGAUGAGAAGCAUCGUUGCGUAUGCCAAAUCGCUGCAUAUUGAGAUCAUCCCAGAGAUUGAUUCGCCCGGCCACAUCCAGGCAGCGCUGGCCGCAUACCCCGAGCUGGGGAAUGUCGGUGCGAAGGUGGCAACCCAAUUUGGUGCCCUCGAGCAUACCAUGAAGCCAUCCGAGACCAGCAUGCAUUUCAUCUCCGAUGUCAUCGGAGAAACAGCGCAGCUGGUGCACUCGCGCUACUUUCAUGUGGGCGGUGACGAAGUGGCCAUGAAGCAAUGGUCGCGCUCCACCGUGGCACGGGACUUCAUGGCGUCGCACAGGCUGCGUCGCGUCGAGGGCAUUGCAGGGGUCAUGAUGCAGAACGCAAUUAAUGCAGUGAAGCAUUUGGGACGCCGAGCGGUGGUCUGGGACGAAGCGAUGCACAACGGCGUCCCGUUGCCGCCCGGCACCGUGGUGAUGCUCUGGCGCCCCGAAAUGGGCGUCAACAACUUGGCGAAGGCGGCACAGCAGGGCCAUGCGGUGGUGAUGUGUCCAAAAGAUCGCACCUACUUGGACCAGUUCCAGAGUCCCCACGGAGACCACGACGCCUUCGGAGCCAUUGGAGGAUUCUUGAACACGCGGAAAGUCUAUGAGCUCCUUGAACAAGCUGGUCUGGAAGCUGUCCUCAUUUCUGUCGUGUUGUCCUUGUCCGACUGGGGAAAUGAAAAAGGAGGGCCGCCUCGCAUUGUUCAGGCUAUGAUAGCAAUGACAUGCGAAUGGUAUACCAGGUAUACCAGACUUAUCCUUCUAUUUUUCUCCCAAAGGCAUGUAGAGACUUAUCCCCAACUGAUAUGCAAAUGA